UCAGAAGUAAAACGUGUAUAAGCUGAGCUGGCUAAUGUGAACACGGUAAUACAAGUUUUUAGAGCCUAACUAGAGAUUGUUGGGAUGGAGAAUGACAUUCUUGUCUCUCUGGAAGAUUUAGGGUACCAAGGCCCUCUGUUGGAGGAUGGAGCUCUGGAAGGAGCUGUGAGCGGAGGGGCAGCUUCACCCGAGUUCACUAAGCUCUGUGCCUGGAUAGUGUCAGAGCUGAGACUCUACUGCAAGCUGGAGGAGAAUGUCCACGCCACUAACUGUCCGAGCGAGGCGGAGGGUUUCCAACUGGAGAUGAGCGGCCUGCUCUCAGAGCUCGCCUGUCCAUACUCUGUCCUCACCAGCGGAGACAUCACCCAGAGGUUCCUAAAGAGGACCGACUGUCUGCUGCUCCUUACUUUCCUGGUGUCAGAGCUGGAGGCAUCAAGGAUGAUCCGGGUUCAUAAGCCGGAAAAGAAAAGCCAAGAGUCAGGCAGCCCCAUGUUCCAGGAGCUGAAGGGCAUCUGCAUGGCUCUGGGCAUGUCCAAGCCUCCAGCCAACAUCACCAUGUUCCAGUUCUUCAGUGGAAUUGAGAAGAAGCUGAAAGAAGCCAUCAGUAGAGCUCCGCCAAACCACGUAGGAGAGCCUCUGAUGAAGAAGCCCCUGGGACCUGUGCACAUGGAAAAAAUUGAAGCUAUAAACCAAGCACUUGUAAAUGAGUAUGAAGUGAGAAGAAAAAUGUUGUUGAAGCGUCUGGAUGUGACAGUGCAGUCCUUUGGUUGGUCUGACAGAGCAAAGACGCACACUGAAAAGUUGGCCAAAGUUUACCAGCCACUACGUUCUGCUCUUGGCACCCAAAGUAAAAUCUCCGUCGCCCACCUCCUCGCUGCCCGACAAGACUUCUCCAAGAUCCUGCGGACAAGUAGUGGCAAGAUAAGAGAGAAGACUGCUUGUGCCAUUAAUAAGGUUCUAAUGGGCCGAGUGCCAGACAGGGGAGGCCGACCCUGUGAGAUCGAGCCUCCUCCUCCAGAGAUGCCCUCCUGGCAGAAGCGUCAGGACGCUCCCCAAGGCGGAGGACACUAUGGUGGGGGUGGGCACGGAGGUGGCAGGGGGGGCUACGAUCACUACAACCAAGGUGGCCGAGGAGGAUAUGAGAGAGGAGGCGGACAUGGGGACAGAGGAGGUAGAGGAGGCGGUGGCAGAGGGGGGAAGGUGCAGGGCAGCUGGGGAGAAGGAGGUGGAGGAGGGAGAGGUGGUUACAACCAGGGCCACUAUCAAGAUGCAGGAGGGAGAGGGGGCUAUGGAGGAGGAGGGAACAACCAAGGAGUCUUUCAGGACCCUGGCUACCACGGAGGCGGAGGAGGCGGUUACCAUGACAAUUACCACCAAGAUGGAGGCUGGCAUUCAGAGAGAGGCGGGGGUCGAGGAGGUCGUGGGGGCAGAGGAAGAGGAGGCAGAGGAGGAGGAGGAGGAGGUGGAGAAGGGGGAGGGUGGGGAGGAAGAGGGGGCCAGAAUUUUAACCAAGGAGGACAGUUUGAACAGUUCUUCCAACAUGGCGGGCAGCACUACAGCCAAGCUGGCUUUAAUCAGGGCAGACACUACACUAGUUGAAGACACAGUGAAGGGCAUCGCAGCAGAGUCCACUCAAACAUCAACUCCUCCUCAUGCGUGAACACAUUUUAAAUGCCUUAUCAUCAAAGUUAGAGUUUUUGUAAUGAUGCACAGAUACCAUAUACACUCAGUACUAGGCUUGGGCAGUAUACAAUAUUUCACACCUUAAAGGGAUAUAUGGUGUAUGACGUUAUGAGUAUGUGGCGAGUGUGCUACUUACUUUUAGCUUCUCAUACUAAUAAAUACACAGUAGAAACCCAAAAAUGUUAAGAAAAUGAAUAUUCUCACAACUAUCUUCCUUAUUAAACAGAGAAAUACAACUGUACACCUUCUGAGUUCAACUUUCUCUCAGUCACUGAAAGCUGAUGAGGCUUAGUUUCCUUGUUAACAUAUCAUAAAACAUUUCAUUCAAACUUAACAGAAACAAAAUAAAACUCACCCAAACUGUCUUGGUUAGUUUUGCUAGUAAUCUAGUGAGUAAGUUCACUGUUCCAGCAAGCAUCGACUCCAGUUUGGUCCAAAUAAAUCCUUAAUUUACCAAGUUUGCCGGCUGUUUACAGUUCUGUAACUUCUCCCCCCACAUAUAGGUGUCGCUGUGUCUUUCAGCUCAGCUGACUGUUCCACCAGUAGAGACGGGAGACUGAGCUUUGGUGGUGCGAGUGACUAAUAUAGAAAAAGGGGGGAACCUAUAUUUAUGACGGCAUUAAAAAACAUACCUUCAGGAUUUGUAAAUACCCUGGUUUACCAUAAUACUGUGAUACCGCCCAAGCCUACUCAGUUCUACAAAGGCCAGGUCUAAUAUAGUCCUUUGCUUUUUCAUUCUGGUUAGUCAAUGUUUUCUCUGCAUCUUCAGUACAAGUAUUCAAGCCAACUGCUGUGCUUUAAAGGGUUCGUGGGUUAGUGGGACUCUGCUGUUUUGUCCUCAUUUUGACACUUAAUUAGCCUCAUAUUGGACAUGUUUUUGAAAGACAGGAAAGGGUACUAAGAUUUCAGUGUUAAUGCACCCACUGUGUAUCUGACAUUAGAAGUGCACUCUUGAAAUCCUAAAUAGUUUCAUUGAAUUUGAUGAUGACUUAAAAACAGCUUCAUCUUUCCAGUCUUCAUUUUUUUUCCAUAGAUUUGACUGGAAUCUCCUUUGUUACUUAUUUAAAAUGUGUCAUCUGAUACUGCUCAUGGAGGAUUGUCUUCUUCAUACAGAUAUGGAUGUUGGAAGGUUUGCAUGGGUGUGUGAGUGAGCAAUAAAAAUCUAAAUGAGAACAUCA